UGAAUUACACUGGAAUCCAACUAAAAAAAAAGCAUGAUUCUUUUUCUUCCAGUUGCCUAUAAAUAGAGCUCAUGAUCCAUCACCUUCCCUUCAACUCUUCAAACUGGACUAUUGAAAUCGAUUAGUUUCAGUUGUAAGAUCUUCAAAUAUGGUGUCCGUCGUCGCUGAGCCGCAACACACAAUUAAUGGAAAUGCGAAGAAAGAAGAAGCAGCAAUAUCGCCGCCGCCAACGCCAACGCCGCAGGUAGCAGUCGCGAUCUGCUUGUUAAAAGGGAAUCGCGUGCUAAUGGGGCGCCGCCUCGUGACCAUUGGGAACUCCAAAUAUUCCCUCCCAAGUGGCCAUCUCGAAUUUGGGGAGAAUUUCGAAGAAUGCGCUGCGAGAGAGAUGAAAGAGGAGACGGGGCUGGAUAUCGAGAAGAUCGAGUUUCUAAAAGUGACCAAUAAUCUGUUUCUGGAGCAGCCAAGGCCUGCGCAUUAUGUGGUUGUGUUCGUGCGAGCAGUCUUGGCAGAUCCGAACCAGACUCCACAGAAUUUGGAGCCGGAGAAAUGCGAGGGAUGGGAUUGGUAUGAAUGGCAAAAUUUGCCGCACCCACUUUUUGGUCCCAUUAAAAAUAUGGUCGUUGAUGGCUUUAAUCCCUUCCCAUGAAUACAUACAUCGUCAUGUAGCUUAAUUUCUAAUUACUUAUUCUUAAUUAAUGUCGCCAUUCUUAGAAGAAGUAAAAAGAAUAAAGAAUUGUGGUUAUAAUGUAACAAUUAUGUGUUGUAUGUUGUUUAAUCUAUGGCUGUGUGUU